AAGUUUGCGUCAGAUUUGAAAGAAAAAUGUCACUUGUUAUUGUCAUCGUCAAAAGAAGCUUUAACUUGUGAAGAAAACGUUCUGAAGCAAACGUCGGAAAAGUCAGUUGAAGAGGAGUCUUCUAUCGUGACAAACGAUCCAGCAGAACGUAUUGGGGUAAAGCUGAAUGAGUCACAAAAGAAUUUUCUAAUAGCCUUGGGACCUUGUCAGCCGAUUCUUGAAAGUUAUCCAACGAACCAGACAAUCGCUAAAUCGAAACAAAAUUCGUUUACAUCAAAAUGGUACGAAUCAAUGCCUUUUUUGGAAUACAGUCCAACUCUGGAUCGAGCUUUUUGUUUUGCCUGCAGCCUGUUCGGGGAGGGUUCUGGGACAUCAUGUUCAUGGACAAAAGAUGGAGCAAACCGCUGGGAUAAGAUGAAAGGCCGGGGGAAAAGCAAGCAAGGAAAACUGGUACAGCACUUCACUAGUGCAGCUCAUAAAGCAUCGGUUGAUCGGUUCGAUAUUUUUUCAAAAAGAAGUCACCACGUCGAUGUAGCAUUAUCUAAUGCGAGAAAGCAAUUACUUGCCCAAGAAGAGCGGGAACGUCUGCACAAUAGAGAAGUCAUUAAAGUUAUUCUAGAUUGCUGUAGAUACUUGUCAAGACAAGCCCUUGCUUUUCGUGGUGGCGAUGAUGAUCUAAAUGGAAACUUCAGACAAUUAGUAAACCUAUUGUCACGCUGGAUUCCUUUUCUAAAAACCUGGUUGACCACAGUCCAUUUGCGUCCAAACCGUGUCACUUACUUGAGUGGUAAAUCCCAGAAUGAAUUGAUCAACCUUUUAGCAGUUGAAGUGCGCAACAUUUUAACAGAACAAAUACGUUCUUCGGCUGUUUACGCUGUACUUGCUGACACAACACCCGAUGUUGCUCAUGCCGAUCAAAUAUCUUUAAUUAUACGCUAUGCGGACGCAGAGUUUCGCAUCCAAGAACGGCUUCUCAAAAUAUCAGAGAUCUCUUCUAAAACCGGUGAUGGAUUUUCUCAAAAGGUUCUAGCAAUGGUAAGAGAAUUGGGUAUUCCCCAUGCUGGUAUACGUUUUCAGUGCUAUGAUACAACAGCUUCGAUGUCCGGGGUUUACAAUGGGGCACAAGCGAAGUUAAGUGAGCAUUUGGAGCGAAAAAUACCCUACAUUACUUGUCUUGGUCAUAAAACAAAUCUUUGCGUCGAACAUUCCUGUAAAUCUUCCGUUAUGAUCGAAGAGUUUUUUACCACAUUGCAAGAGCUUUAUAACUUCCUAACAAAAAGCACAAGUAGAUUCGGAAAAUUAAAGAGCAAAAUCGAAAGUUUACAGGAAGGGCUCAUCAUGAAGAAUCUUUCGCAGACUCGAUGGAUUGGCAGAGCUGAGUCAAUCAAAGCUGUAUGGGUCAGUUAUGAAACGGUGAUUGGCACUCUUCACGAUAUACACGAGUGUGAUGAAACAGAUGGUGAUGCCAAAAAGACUGCCACAAAUUUAUUAGACAAAUUAAAGUCAUUCGAAUUUUAUGUCAGUCUUUUGUUUAUGAAGAAUGUGCUUUACAAAGCGAAGAUUGUGGUGAUGGAAGUGCAAGAAAUCGAGCAAGAUAUCCUAGCAGGUGUCGAAGUACUACAGCAAACUCGAAACGAAAUGCUUCGCAUGCGCGAAGAUGAUGCGUUGCUAUGGAGGGAAUUAUAUCAGCAGCAACCGAGAAAUGCGAGUCCUAUGGAAUCAAUGUGGAGUACGGAUUUUCAAAACGACACCGACCACGGAGAACACCUGCCCGUUUCGACGAAAAUUUUGCCACUGCUACUGUGCCUAGCUUUAGCCAACACUAUCGGAAAGAAAUGUUUAAGGUAUUAGAUCGUCUUGUAUCGGACAUAAACGAAAUUGAUGAAUAUUUAUCUGAUAUUGUGCUACCUAUAAUUAUUUUGCUUCCAGCAAAUUUACCCAAUUGUUCCAAGCAAGAAGUGGAAAAUUUAUGCGCAGCAUUUCCACAGGACUUCAAAGAUCCAGACGCUAUGUGUGCAGAGAUUAAGUUAAUAUCUUCCGAUAUCGAGAAAAGUGGUGCCAAAAAUCUGAAGGAAGCAGCGAAGUGUGUACUUGGAAAACAACAGUUUUAUCCCAACCUGACGAAAGCGUACCAGCUUGCAUUAACAAUUCCAGUUUCUGUCGCAAGUAAUGAGCGUUCAUUUAGUAAACUAAAACUUGUUAAAAGCUAUUUGCGAUCAACGAUGAAAGAAAACCGUCUUGACGACUUGAUGAUUUUAUCUUCAUCUGUAGAUAUAUUAGACGAACUUGAAUUGGAUAAAGUAGCUAACUCGUGGUCUUUAUAUAAAUCAAGAAUGAUAAAAAUCUAG